AUGAACAUGUUUGAUCGUCUCAAAAACGUAAUCGAUACGCAGAUUAGUAAAAUGUUCUUGCAACAGAUGUAUGAGAAAGGCAUUAGUGUAUUUCGUGCCAAAUUUGGGCAGCAGUUCAAGGGAUACGACGAACUUCUGACUCAAGCUUCUUACGUGCUGACAAACUCCAACCCUUACAUCGACUUUCCACGUCCGAUGCUUCAUAAAACAGUGCCAAUUGGAGGUAUCACAAUAUCACUGGAUAGGAAAAAGACUGCUUUAAACGAGACUUGGAAUACAAUCUUGAGCGAACGCAGGUACACUGUGCUAAUUUCGUUUGGAACAGUCUCGAAAGCAGCGUUUAUGCCCGAAAAGUACAAGAAAGGCCUUUUGGAAGUCUUCAAAAGCAUGCAGGACACGACAUUUUUGUGGAAAUACGAGGGUACAGAAAUCGAUCUUGCGAACAUUCCAAACGUCUACCUUAAUACAUGGUUCCCUCAAUAUGCUUUAUUGAGUGAUAACCGCUUGACGGCCUUUAUAACCCAUGCUGGAUUAGGAAGCGUGACCGAGGCUGCAUUUUUGGGGAAACCAACCAUCUUUAUUCCCGUUUUCUCGGACCAGGCGCGGAAUGCAAAGAUGAUGGUCAGACAUAGGGGAGGAAUAUUGAUGAGCAAGUUCGAUUUAGAACAUCCAAGCAAGCUGAGGGAAAACUUGCGCUUGAUAAUCAACGAUCCAAGUUAUGCGGAAAAUGCCAAACGUUUGUCGGAUUUGCUUUUGAAUCAACCUUUCACUGCGAAGGAACUUGCUGUCAAACACUGUGAAUUCGCUGCAAGAUUUGGACGCACAACAAAUCUUGAUGCUUAUGGUCGUCACUUAUCCUUUGUACAAUACUAUCUUAUUGAUGUCUUUUCGAUAAUUGGAUUGAUUUUGAGUGUUGUUCUGUUCCUUACUUUCAAAAUAGUGAACACGCUGCUUUUAAACACACAAAAAACGAAGUAG